GAAGCAUUUUGUAAACUGUAAAAGCGUAAGGGUGAGUCAAUAUGAUUCAAAAAUUGAGUCAAAAUGUCGUUACACUUCAAAAAUGUCCUAAACUGUAAAAAUAAAGAGAGGAGGGGAAUGAUUUCACCGGAAUCGUAAAGAAUUACUUAAAAUUGCGAACAGUGGAAAAAACAAAAUGGAGGGCUGGAAAUUUUUACCUCAUUUUGUGGCGGUUUUAGGUAGUCCCUCCACUAUGAUUAAGUGAUAAUUGAUAGGUAAAUCCCCCAAAAAAUAAACACCUAUAUAAUUGCAUCAAAAUCUACCUUUUGAUGGAAGAUAAAGUUUUUCAACAAUUGGAUAGAGUUCCUCGAGUUAUAACAAUCUUAUCAUCAUCAUCAUGACUUCUGCUACAUCUGCUUUAAAGCCAAAAGUUUUACGAUUAGGUAGAAUUGAUUAUGGACUUUCUAAAUGGGCUGAGAUUGCCAAAUAUGCUACUGUAUUAGAUUGUGAAUCAAAAACGAGAGAAGAAUUUUUUAAUGAUUUAAAGGGUAAAUAUAAAGAUAUCACCAAUAUAAGUCGUACUUAUCAGUCAGUCCAUCAAACUGGUAGAUUUGAUGCAGAAUUAGCAACUCAUUUACCAACUACUGUUAAAUCAAUCAGUCAUACUGGAGCAGGAUAUGAUCAAAUUGAUCCUGAUCCAUUUACCAAAUUAGGGAUUCAAAUUUCGAAUAUAACUGUUCCAGUUGAAGGUCCAACUGCUGAUACUGCAGUUUAUUUAUUAUUAGGAACUUUAAGAAAUUUUCAAGAAGGUCAUAAUUUAACUAUUCAAGGUGAAUGGAAAAAAGGUAAAAAAGCUGCUGGUGCUAAAUUAGGUGCAACACCUCAUUCUAAAGUAGUUGGGAUCUUAGGUAUGGGAGGUAUUGGUAGACAAAUUAGAGAUAGAUUGGUUCCAUUUCAAUUCAAAGAUAUUAUCUAUUAUAAUCGUAAGAGAUUAACUCCUGAAUUAGAACAAUCUUCGAAAUAUGUUUCAUUUGAAGAAUUGAUUAAACAAUCUGACAUUUUAGUGAUUAGUGUUCCAUUGAAUCCUAAGACUAGACAUUUGAUAAGUAAGGAAGUUUUAGCUGAUUUAAAACCAGGAUCAAUUAUUAUUAAUACUGCCAGAGGUGCUGUUAUUGAUGAAGCUGCGUUAUUAGAAUCAUUAAAAUCAGGUCAUUUAGGAGGAUUUGGAUCUGAUGUGUUUGAAUUUGAACCUCAAGUUCCUCAAGAAUUAUUAGAUUUACCAAAUGUUGUCAGUUUACCUCAUAUGGGAACUCAUGCUUGGGAUGCUAUUGAAUAUAUGGAAGAAUGGGUGGCUGAAAAUGUUGAAAGUUAUAUCUUCACUGGUAAAGUGAAAAGUAUUAUUCCUGAUCAAUAUGAUAUGGUGAUUGAUCCAAAGCCAUUAUUAAAGAGGGAAUAGAUGAUAUAUAUAUAUAAUAUGUAUGUAAUAAGAACAGAUUAUUUCUGUGUAAUAGAAUAAAU